AUGGCAUCAGUAUCAGUAGCAAGGAAAGCUCUCGGUGAUUUGAUCAAGACAUUCAAGCCAUUAGCGGAUAGAGUACUAGUGCAACGGUUUGCAGCAGAGACAAAAACGAAAGGUGGCAUUAUGAUCCCAGAUAAAGCGCAGGGAAAAGUUUUGGAAGCAACAGUAAUUUCUACUGGACCCGGUGGACGUGAUGAUAAGGGAAAUUUGAUCCCGAUGACUGUUCAGGCAGGAGACCAUGUUUUGCUUCCUGAAUACGGCGGUACAAAGGUUGUUGUUGAUGAAAAGGAAUACCACAUAUUUCGAGAGGCAGAUAUUCUUGGAAAAUUCGAUCAAUGA